AUGAACUCUGACGUAGACGAAUGCAGUCACAUUUUCCAAUAUGGCGUGAUUGCUGGCUUCGAAACAGUGACAGUCAGUUGUCUACAAAUUCAUGAACUUGAAGCUUUAUUUAUGUGGGUAGUAUCAAACAUUGGAAAUUUGGUAACAUGGAUGAAAACACGAUUUGCUUUUCUAACACUUGUGAGGUAAGUUAUCAUUAUAACGUCAGCUCACUGCUAAAAUUAAGCAGUACGAACACGAAGUUGAAAUUGAUGUGUCUGACACCUAAAUUAAGAUACUUUUAAGUCUCUUUUAUCCUUAAAAAAACAAAUGCAAAAGUGAGGGGAUACAAAUCAGGCAGCUGUAGCUGACUUAUCAAAGAGGGGUUUUAUCUCCCGUGUUGUUCAAUGAAUGAAUGAGGGACAAAAUACGUGUCCUCUUUACUUUAUAUGUAUAUGUUAACCCUCGGACGUACAAGAGGGGUUUUUCCUAGAGGAUGAAACAUCAGUACCUGAUGUUUUCAGUAGCUGUUGAUUCAUCCCUCGUGCACAUUUUGAGACAAGUUUAGUGAUGGUCAGUUGUUGUGGUUACGAGAUAUGACAAGGCGGCUGCCUAACAGGUGCACGAACACCAGAGGCCCCUACGAUUUACUCUCGGGCAACCAAAAUUUCAAACAGGGAACGCGAACGGGCACCUAAAACUUAUGAUUCUCAGGCUAACUUCCAGUGAACAAACAACAAAAUUCCAGCUGCUCAUUCUGCACUUUGAAACGACAACUGAAAACGUUUGAUCGUCGGCCAUAGGCAAAAAAUAUCUCCGCUGAUAAAUGGUAAACACACAGCACUAUGUCUUGAAAUUUGCUUCUGUGACUUCAGCUGCAGAGCAGUUGAAGUUUGUUGUCUGAAAUUAGCGUCGAAUGAAUUUAAUGGUCUUCUAAAAUACUUCCAUAAUGAAAUCAUGACUUUUUCUUCAGCGUUAGAAAUGGUAGGUUGCUACUGCAUGAAGUAAAAACUGAUAAAAAGUCGUGAUCUGUCAAAAAGUAAGCUGGUUUCAAAUUACACGUGACAUCGUUGGUUUCAGUAUGCUAUUAAAUUUUGCAAGUUUGUAGCGUUUUCUAUCUUGCUAUAAACACAAAUGAUACACUCAGAGGUUUCUUUUAUUAUUAUUUUAUUCAGCAUUAUCUACAAUGUAGGCCUCCCUAUUUUUUGCUGUAUGUUUUGUGGUAACUUUCAAAAAACUGGCAAAAACAUUUCAGUUUUUGAAAGCAGCUAUUUAAGAUCAUAUUUCAAUCUUUUUUUGAUUUACGCAGUUGCGUGUGAUGCACGUAAAUACAAACCUUCACAAAUAAUAUAUAAACAGUUCAAAGUUGAUAGUUCAAAAGAUAGACUUGAUCCAAAAAAACUGAGUUAGUUCUCCAAACUUCCAGAUAAAAACCUUUCUUUGGUCCUUCUUUAUCGCCUAAAAACUUAACAGGCAAGUGCUGUUGGUCGUUGCGAGUGGUCUUUGUUUAUAUGUUUCUCGAGAAAUAAAUCAUUUCUCAAAAUCCCUUCAAGUGGCAAAUAUAAAAAAUGCUGGUUUUUCAAAACUCAAGACUUGGUUUUUGCGUUUCUAAAUUUGAUUUGUUUGUGGCUCGAGUAUUGUUCCGGUUUUGUCUUGUGACACAACUCUCCUUAAGCCUUCCCGACUAAUCUAGGAAGAUCGAGGGGCCUCUACUGUCAGGGUAUAAAUUGAUAAACAACAUCUUCUUCAAAGAUAGAUCUUUCCAGUGAAUCCUGUCAGAGUUACAAGGAGAAAGAUCGAAAUAGAUUCGCAAAAAAAGGACCAAAUUUUUGCUUUUGUGCAUGCAUGAAAAACAAAUAAGAUGUUUAAUUACAUCAGAUUAGCUGGAAAAGUAGGCCUUUUUUCUAGCAAAACUCAUUUUUAGCCCUUUUUAUGCUAAUUAGCUAAAAAACCAGUCCAAAGAAAAGGAAUUGGUGAAAAAUGCAGUUUUUUCACUACUUGCUGGCCGUCACUAAAGGGUUAAUAAAGUUCCCUAUAUUUUAUAGUUGGGCUCCAACGUUUUAUUUUAGCAGCUCAAAGGGCUCCCAAAAAAUUUUCUUAGACAGCAGCCUUGUUUGAUGUCUUAAGUAGCAGGUGGUCAAGCCAGUUUUGGGUGAAAAUACAUGUUUGUUCAACUUCUUUCAACACUAAAAGUAAAUCUUGUGGCUUAAAUCAUGCAAAGUGCUUAUUUAUGUGCUAUUUUUCAUGUAAAACACAAAAAAAUUACCAUUUCUUACAGUACAUGUAUUAACCUGAGUGAUUGCUAAUUCUUGGUAAAAUUCAAGAUGGCAGCCAAGAUGGCGACCAUUGUUGGUGACAUCACAGGACUCCAGCAGUGCCACCACCCCUAAAAUAUACCUCAGCUUGUUAAGAAGAUCAAAGGCUUUCCACUAAAAGUAAAAUCAUUUCAAAAUACUGCAACACAUCAAAACCUCUGGGGAGGAGAGGUUCCAUUACCCCCCAUACCACAGUGGGGGGUAUGGUGAAUGUAAGGACAAGUCAUAGUGUUACAGUAGAUUCUGUAAAUUAAACUUGUGGUUUGCACUUUGGCUUCAAAUACAUGAUAAUUAAAGAAUAUUCAUAACUGACGAUUGCCAUUUUUUUCUUCUUGGCUUUUCAGAUCACGUAGAAACACUUUAAUUGCUAUCGCAUUAUUUACUGUAUUUUUUAUAUGGAUCCUGUCAAGAUUUAUGCCUCACCAUAGGCCUGGACAGCUGCCUGAUUCUCCCGGUAAAUAGCAAGAGCUAGAUCCAUUUUGUAUUAUUAUUAUUGUUGCUGAAAAUAUCCAUAAUGUUUACUUGGGAUGUUUUAGUGUGAUUCCCCUCCCCUUGGAAAUUCUAGUUUAGCUCCAUACUUUCCUUAAAUAUUAUUGGCCAUCAAAACCUCUCUCCUCUGUUGAAAUUCCAAAGCCCCACCAUGGCACAGGUUGGGUAUGGAUAGUUUUUUGGAACUACACAUUUUAAAUAUUAUUGUGAUAGGAAAAAGAAACCAUAAAAGGGGCUGUGAGUUGUAACAAACAAAGACAGGUAAUCUCUAGCUCUCUUCAUCACCAGAAGUCUUCCAAUAUAGGGGGUAAAGAGGUUAAGUUUGAUAUCAAAAAGAUCUUUUUGUAACUUAAUAAGAUUUUGCAUAACUAAAAUAAUAAAACUUUAUUAAAAACAUUAUCCCAUAAGACGUCACAGUAUACAACCAUUUGUGAUUUCCGCCCUAAUGCUAAUGUCAGUGCUCAAGUCAUGUUUACUUGUUCUGGAGCCAAACUGCUGAUCUUAAUAAAUUAAAAGAUACAUGUAGUUUUGCCCUCAGCCAGUGAAUUACGAUUCUGUACUACACUGUCCUUUUGCUUUUUCUCGGAUAGCUUCAGGGCUAGUUCAGUGAGAAAUCAUUCGUCUUCUCUGCCAUUUCCUCCUUAUGGUGAGAACACAAGAGGGCUGAAGGAGCUAUGCUGGACUUCAAUAAUUUGCUGGUUGUAGCUAGUGUCACUUUUAUUCCUUGCUUGAGAAAGUCAUGUCAAAUUCUGGUUUAGGUGGCUCUUUGUGAAAGGGUUAAAAACCCUGACAUUGAAAAAUGCACAUUGUCCCCUUUGCCAAAAAACUGCCUCACUGAUAUCCAAAUGGGCUUCAUCAUAGGUGUUGGCACUGCCGGUUAAAACUUUUCCUGUCAAGGUCUGAAGCUUUGGCUCAACCUCAACUUCAUGGUAUACAUGUAUGUCGUUGAGAAGGGUUGCAAACAGGUCUUGCACUUCAUAAUGCCUCCUAUGGACAAAUCCACCUUUCAUAGAUGACAUUGCAUGAUCAAUCUUGAAGGACAUGUAGAUGGGAGGUACAUCAGCGUCCAGCAAUACCUAAGGCUGAGGGUAUUGGAGAAUUUCCUUUUGUUCAGGUCAAAUUUUUUGUAACUGUUUACCAACUAGGGGCACCCUUCAUCUUUGCCAGGUUGUUUGCCCUCAAUUGCUCAGGGCUCAUUUUCUUCCAUAGCUCCUGUAGGAUGGUGUUAUUCAGUUCUUCUCUGGUAUUAGCAAUCUUUCUGCUUGAGGUCUUGAGUUGUUCAUCUUAAUUUGCAUAAUAGAAGGUUUUUUCAUAACACAGGCAGAGAGAAAUUAUCAGCAUUCUAUACAUCCUUUUAAAAACGAACUCCUGUCAAAUGUUCUAAUCUAAACUAGUUAUCACAUUUUACCGCAUCUUAAAAGGGCAGCAGGGCCCAGAUUUCUUAUAAGACAACUGGCGACAAAAUCAGUUGCAAGGGCCUUUAAUUCUGACAACUGUAAAAGGUACAUGUAAAAUUGAAGCUUUUCCUCCCGUUCCCCUUCCAAAACUUUUCUGUUGCUGCUGUUGUCACUUAUUGUAGAGACCUUACUUCCUGCAUUUUUUAGCAUAUGAUAAGGUGUGCUUAAGUGAUGUUCUGUCAAAAUGGAAACAAGGAGUUGCAGAUGAUGAUGUGAUGAUCACUCACAAUCCUCUGGAAAAACUGGAAAGUCCGUUUUUGGCAUUUGUAGGUAAGCUAAUAUGUAAAACACAUGUAUCUGCUCCUAUGGAUGCUAUGAUGGAAAGCACUGCAUAAUCUAUGAUGUGUUUACUGCGAUGGGAAUGUUUCUAGAAGACAACUACGUUUGUUGUACAGAAAUAACAUGUAAAAACUGAAGGCAUAUGUCCAUGUAUAAAAUUGCACAUCCAACUGGUAAAGUUUUUAUGUUCUGACAAAAUAUCAUCAGGUCAUCAAGCAAGCCAUCUGCAUCCACAGAAAGUAGUUUCACUGUAAUGGCUAUAUGGCUGGUUUGCCAAAAUGAGCAAUUUUAUUGCUAUUGAAGAAGUGUACAUAAAGGCCCAAAUAAAUCUGGAUUUUAUUUGAACUGAUAUUUCACUAUCAUUUCCCACUCAAAAUUCACAAUAGUUGGUGGCAAUAGUGUACUUGAAGUUUUUUUACCUUUCAUACAGGGAAUGGAAAUAUUGGAGUAGUAGCAUCAGACAAUGCUUACCUUCAUUUGGCCUUGAGACAGCCCAGUAUGAACUGGUUAAAACUCCCAUUUUCUCCCCUUGUGACUGCCAGACCUGCUAAUUUAUGGAAACCAAUAGGUAAGAUUGAUUUUAGACAUAAUUGUUAUCAUUAAAUGGCACUGAUCAAACCAAAUGGAACGGUUACAACUGGUGUGUGACAUACGUCUAUGAAUUAAGUGGCCUCUGCUGGUGGGGUCAGUGUUUGGAAAACAGACCUCACAGGAUGAUAUACGUAAAAGUAAUUCAAUUGUUGGUCUGUUCUGAUCUUAGGACUGAUGGAAUUUAUUGACCUUUAAAACAUCACUUUUAAUAAUAACAAAUUAUUAUUAGUUAUUCAGUUAAGUAGUGGAAAGUACAUGUAUGAUUGGAAGCAAAAAAAGUGUUAUUUGUUUGUUCUUUCCUCUUGUAUCAGUUUUGGAUCAACAUCGAGAUAUAAACAUGUAAUGAUCAAGUUAUCCAUAUUCUAGACAACCAUUAUCUCGUGGGUUUGGUGAAUGAAAAGGUUUUUUUUAAUGAGGUAGAUACUGUAAAUGGAAGAUAAGUCUUAAAACUGCACAAUCAUAGCCAAGUCUUCCCAUGCAAUCCCACCUCCAGACUACAUGUACUACCGAUAUUGAUAUACAUGUAGAGGUGCUUGAAGUGAAUUAGCAUGCUGGGAAGUUGGAAAAGCAAAAGGAAUUUUUUUUACUCAAAAGUGGAAAACACUUUACAUUCAAUUUGUUCUUUGCAAGAAGAAAUAUGUCAAUCAUAUCCUUCUUAUGACAGCUACAUGUACAGCUGUACAUGAACAGGCAUAGAGGUCAUCCUUAUCCUGGCCCCAACCCUGGCCCCAACCCUGCUUUCCUACUCACUUGAAUCCAACAGCUCCCACACUUGAAAAACUGCUCCUUGGGUCCUAAAUCCAUUUGCAUCAGUAUGUUGUUAAUCAACCAGGCAACCAGACAUUUACUCAGUUAGUCAGUUAGACUGCAAAACAGUUGGGUCUUUUUUCUCAAAAUAGCUUUACGAAGGAACAAAUUGCCAGUUUUUAGUUUUUUGUAAAGCACUCAAGCCUCAUACUGCCUAAGUGUGCAUUCUUGACGUUUGCAAAAAUAUGGGAUGUUUUACAGUCUAUCAAUCCACACGCUGAGUUGACAACAGUCAGUUUAGCCCGCGUGGCAGGCGUUAAAAGGGGAAGGGGAUGGGGGAACUUGGGCGCACAAGGGAGAAAGGAAAGGAGCGCCUGCAUGGACGCUAUUAUUUUCUCCAUUUGAGAAUAGUGAUUGGUCAGAAUUCAUUAAAUGUCAAUCUUCGACUUAAUACCUUUUUCCGAUUGGUUGAAAUCAACAUGACGCCAUUUGAGUAACUAAACAUAUGUCAUUAGUGAAGCGUGGUGAGAUUUCUCUAUGGAAAUUCAUCCUUAGAAUGCAUCAAUUUCAGCUUUAAAGGAGAAUAGAAAAAGGCGGUUAAAGAACGAUAUGAAGGAAAAGGCCUGUCAGCAGACGAGUUUUACUGAUUGGUUCUGAAAAGUAUCAUCUCCCAACGGCUUCUCGGUUUUACUCGCCAGAAGAAAGAAAGGAAAAAUCAUGCGUUAUCUGCUGUUUGACCCGCGUUAUCAACGGCAAGAUAAUUGAAGACGCAGCGAUCUAUAAUUUUUGGCGAUUUUUGGACAAAGACUUCUUCUUGCCGGUUAUAAAACCGUCAGGAACUGACUUUAAUAAUAAAUUGGUGCUUUCUUGCAGUUCUUCGAAGUUCAGCUCUUCUUUCCCCGCCACCAGCGUUCUUUUGUGUGCUUUGCUGGAUCCAAUUCGUCCUGAUAGAAAUUUAAAGAGUGUGUGAUGGCAAAAUGUUUUAAUUUUCCUUAGACAAACAUUGCAUUGAAAGUUGUGAAGAGCUGCUACAUUUCUUAUUAAAUAGUUUUCCAGCCCGAUUCCUUCAGCAACAACUUAACUCAACACACGUCGUUGCAACUUUCAAGGAAGAUUCCUUCGAUGGACGACCGCAUUUGAACUUUUUUCAUAGUACCUUUUCUUUAGAUUUCUUGUUUUAGGAAAACAAAAGAAAAACAGUGCAAGAAAUACAACUAGAAUACGUGCAUCGCGGCCAGAGAUAUUUGACAGCUAGUCAUUCACAGUUGCGUUAUUUUUGUUAUUUUUGUUAUUUUUUUAAUUAUUAGGCAGGAUGGCGAAAACAAUGGCUUCCAUGCAGGCAUUCCCCUCCUCCCUCCUCCCUCGCACAUGGUCUUGCACCCUAAUUCCUUUCCCCUUCCCUUUCAAACUCCUGCUAUGCAGGCUACAGUCAGUUAAUCAAUCAAAAUGACAUUACAAGUUGGUUAGUUUGACCUGAUUGAGAAAAAAAGUAUUGUUUGUUUGUUUCAUUGUUUUUAAUAGAGGCAGGUGUUAUUGAUUUCAAACAAGGAAUGGUACAUCAAUUCCAGACUUAUUCAUUUGUAAGUAUGAUCUAUGUAUGUACAGUAUAAUAUAUUGUAUCAUUCAAUUAAAUAACAUAGUGCAUGUUCAGAUGCUGUAGUUCGUGUGAGCCAAAUUGGAUUCAAAUUUAGGCCAACCCAGAUAAAUUUAUUCAUUCAGGCAAGUUGAAUCAUAGCCCUCUCUCAUUACAGAAGAACUAAAUUCAAAAGGGGAAAAAUUGAAGUGGCAUAAAAGUCCAAGUAAGAAAUUAUUUAUGCAUUUGGUUCAGCCCAGGUGAAGUUCAGCGUCUGAAUCGACACCCAUUCACAGCCAUUAUUCUCAGCUGAACCAGGCGUGGAGAAUUGGUAAUAAUAAUUGGUAAUGAAAUAGAUAAAUUAAUAGAAGAUAUGAAGUACUGUGGUCCAAGCAAGUGCAUGUAGUUCCAUCUUUAUUUGGCUUUUGAGAUUUCAGUUUUCAAUGAAGUUCUAUUUUAAAUUUAUACUUGUAUCAAAUCGACACCUUCCCUUGAGUAUUACAUCUAACUGUGCACUGGGCCAAGCUACCUGCUUUUAUUGGUAUUGUUCUACCAGUUUGCCUACUGUACCUUUUUAAGUUUGAUGUAAGUGUUUUCUUUUUUAACAGAGUCAUGGCUGUGUUAUAAUUGAGAAUAUUAUGUAUGCCCAUCGCAGUCAGCCAUCUGUCUUGGUACAGGAAGUUGUUGUCAUUAAUCAUGGGGUUUGUACACAGACUUCUGUUCCUUAUUACAAGUGUCAUGUGCCUAUUACAAGAUUGAGAAGUCUGGUUAAAUUGUUUAAUGGUCAGCUGUUCUGUUAGUUAACCAGAUUCAGAUCAUGCUGCUGUAUGUCCUUCUAAACAAGACUUGAUUAUUUUAGUCCUUAUAACAAGUUUUACAGGUUUGUUCUUUCUUCUAAUGCUGAUACUCACAAGAGCUGUAUACUUUCCUUUCCAGCAUGCUGGAAUCCAAGUUUUACUCAAACAUGAGGGAGCAAACUCUUGGAAAGGCUCCACAACCAAGAGUUUAAGGUCACUUUUCUUUCUUUCUUUUCUGCCAUAUGUUUUAUUAAGGUAAUGCAUUCAGGUUGGAUUACAGCUACAGUGGCCCCACUUUUGAGGAGUUCUUCAUUGGAACUUUCAGGGGUGUGAUAGCUAUACUCCUUGGGGUAUGAUAAAUGGUAACUUCUCAGACAGAAAUUGAAUACAUUAGGGUACAAUUUUAUUUAAUUCCUUAAAACUCAAGUGACACAGUCUAGUACAUGUAUGUUUUGUCUUAUUAUCUUAGGUUUUACCUUUGCAUCCACUCUUGUUGUCAAACAUUACUUGGUAUAGCUACAUUUUUAUUGUUGAUUUAAGCAUUGUACCUUACAGUCCCAUAUUCUUUUCAAACCUUACCUUUAAAACAGCAGACUAAACUUUCUGGGGUUGCUACACUCAACAUGUCCUUGCAUGUCCCCACCUCCUGGGAACGACGUUGUGCAUGUCUUGUAUUGUUUUCAUUUCAGAACUUGUCAAAUAUUGUAAUCUGAUUAUAUGCCUCCUUUUUGCUGCAGUUUUGAAAGAACCAUGGAUCCAUCUAAAGCCCAUUAUACUGUAUCCCAUGGAAAGAUUCCUCAUGUGGACACAUCAGAGCCUGACAUCAAUGUGACAGUAGCAACUUCCAGAGUUCCUUCGGAGAUGACUGUUCAAGCUCAGAGGUGUGGGUUGAUUAAAUUAUUCAGGUCUAGCCAUUUGACUUUGCAAAGGUAGCACUUGCUUCCUCAGUUAUUUAAAACCCUUGGUCUGUAGCCUAGGCUGGUACUCUCCAGACGGCCUUGGUUCUACCACUUACUGAACUAAUCCUCGUCUUCAGAAUAGCUAUAUAUGUACCUGACAAUAAUCAUCCUGACAGUUGUUGUAGAGUGAGGUCAGUACAAUAUUAUUAUCCAAGAAACGGGAGAUCAACGCCUUCACUCACAGCAGAGCUAAACCUGUCUUAUUGUUUUGUUGUCCUUAAUGACAGCUCUGGUAUUUUGAGGCACUUGACAGUUGUCCGCACAUCUAGUGUGUUUGGACGUGAGGCAGCCAAACCUGUCAAAAGAGUCAAGGAGAUUGAACAACUUCAGGAAGAAGCGAAAAAGGUAGUGAACUUCACUCAUCACUUUCCUCUACAGCUACAGCUAGUUUGUAAUAGCGGCUGUUGAAGGGGAUAUAACACGUUGAUAUGACAUUGGAAAUUCCGGUAGAAAAUAAUUAUUUGGAUAGCAGACUUUACAAGGAGGACCAUAAUCUCAUGGCACCGAGACUGAGAAGCUGACCUUCCAACCAUGUAGUUAGUAAAAGAAAAAUGAAUCAGCGGGAAAAGCCUAAAUCAAAACACAAAGGCAGUGACAUCAAAAACAGUAAACAAAUUUUAAUUAUUUCUAAAUGUAGAAAUAUUGCCGCUUGAUUAUGGAAACAAGGCCUUAAAAAACGUAGUUUUGUUAUGUAAUUUUAAAAAAAAAUGCUUGUGUCAAGGAGACAUAAUAUUUUUUGGAGUGUUUUUCUGUUUCUGUGUCAGGAACUCAAGGCUCUUGUUUCACUGGAUAAACCUGAAUCUUUGAGGACAUCUCACGCACUGGCCUGGACCGAGGUACAUGUACUUUUCUAUUCUGUUCAUAAAGUUCUAAGUUAUGAAUGUGGGAGUAACACUUAGUAAAACUUGCCUUUUUCCCUUUCAUGAAGCACUGAUUUAAACAACUCGUUGAAUUCCUGUUCCUUUUCCUACGCUGUAUUACUUUUCGAGUAAAAUUUGAAAGCCUGAUAUUCUACUGGGGUCAUGUUUUUACCUUUGCACAGUUGUUGAAGACUGGCUUAUUUGUGGAUCCUCAUCAUGAUGCAGACACGCCCUCUGGUUUGGAAGUGAAUUCCACCCUGUAUUACGUAUUGUCAUCAUUCCCUACCCCGGCCUCCAGCAGCAGUAGCCAGACACAAAAACAGGAAAUGGAAAAACUGCUGCAUAUUCCAGAUCACUGUUUUGGUGGGCCACCAACUAUGUAAGUGAGCUGAGUCUACUAGCAAUUUGUGUAACUUUUCAGUGAAGAGUCAAGUGCCCGAAUAAAAGGCCAAAUACCGAUUAUUAUCUUGUACACUGUACGUAAGAGAGACUUUCUAAGAGAGUUGUUCGAAGGUGUUGAUUACGUGGAUAAUGGCGAGUAAAGGUCAUACGUGUAAGUCUUCUGAACAAAGCUACAUAGCUGGUACAUUUACAUGUACAUUGCAGCUCCUUUCCAAAUAAGUAACAUAAUCUUAAGGGAAUUGUUAGACAGCAAUAACUCCGCUUCAUUCUAUUAUUCUUACUCCGGACCUCAUGGUCGUACUACACGUUCAAAUCAGCUACAUAGAGAAAAACUGCUUACAAGCUCUACAGAUACGUCCAUUCUUUUUAUAUCAGACAUUCCUCUAAUAAGUCUUCACUUGGGUAAAGCGUAUGAUUUCCGCGGUGUUUCUUGCUUGUAGGCACUCAGCCUCACUCUGGCCCAUGCCCCGUACCGAGGCUGGAAUUACCAAGAUGGCGGCACUAUGGGAAAGGCUUUUGGAACAAAAUGGCUGCAGUGCGCUUGUCAGAGCAGGUUGGUAAAUUUGCUUAUGGAUCUCUCAGUUAACAGUUCACGCAACCCUAUUAAGCGGCCACUUGUAUGAAUUCUCAGGACAAACACCUCUCUCUAGGUUCGUCAACUACUGCGUGGGUUGUGCAGUGAUACAAAGAAACAAAAAAAUACUGCGUUGUGUAAAUUUUUAUUCCUGUAAGCUUCUAUUUUUCCUGGUCAGCUUUUUUAGCUUGGUACAAUGUAAUAGACCAAGGAUUAGCGCUGUUGGUUAGUGCGUGUCCCUCUAUGCGGGAGGUCCAGAGUUCGAUUCUCAGUUGUGACGACAAUUGAAUUCCUUCUUUUGACUUCUUUCCUUUUCCGUGUACCCGUUAAACGGAGCAUUGAUGGAGAGGAGGAAGGUAAAAUGACCGCACUGUCGGCCUUAGGUUUGUUACUCACAUGAAAAUUUCGAGCUACCGACGUAAAAUAAAGACUCUUAAACUUUUUUUUGAUUUAUACUUGGCUGCGAGGCUUGAGGGAAUAGAACAAGAGAAAUAAUCUUGAGCUCACCAUGAAUAAUACAUUUUGAUUUAUACAUUUAUCCCCCAAAUCCUCGGAGCCAAGUAUGCAUUUUAACCUAUCGAAAUUGGUCUAUUGCACCAUCGGUUGAUGAUAGUCAAUGGUACCAUGUUGAUGAUAGUCAAGUGUCUCCGUGAAUAAAAGUUCACUAGAACACAUCCAAUUGCGAGUUUUAACAUACGUUGGCGUUUUGGGGAAAGAGUUUUUGCUAAACCAAUUAAGCAACUACGAAGGGCAAACUCUGAAUGUCUGUACUGAAAAGGGAAAACGCGCACACUAUAGGCUGAUCGUCUGACAGUGUUUCAUUAUAUUCUCCCAAGGUGCGACUGGUAUCGUCCAAGCCAUGACACUUAGCUUUGGUGGUCUGCAGUUCUCCGCGGGACAUUUUGAAUUCGCUGCUAAUCCGGCCUCACUUCACACCACUAUAACCUUCCGCCGUAUUCACCUAUAUGAGGAUAUGGAUAUUUUUCUCUCGGUCACUGUCAACGAGGAUAAUGGGCACGCAGAGAAGUUGAUAGUCAAGCCUGUUAAAGGAGGAAAGACUCCACUUUACGCAUGCGAGGCCGGCUGUCAGUAUGAUCCCGUGGAAGUCGGGUACUAAGCGCUUUUAUUGUAUGUUCUAAUUAUGCUUGUGAUUAAAACGUAUAUGCGGAGUACAUUUCGCAUAGCGAAUCAAAGUAUCUUGGUACUCUGCAUUAGUGGCGACUUGUUUUUCCAAUCCUUAGAUGAUACACAUACCUUUUCAUUAUUUUCAGAGAAACCGAAGUAACUUUUCCGGUGCGCAUGACCAAGCCUGUUACACCGCUGCUGUACAUAUCGCAUAACAAAUCGGAGCUGUUAGAGCUCAGAAAACAUGUCUUCAUAAAGGAUGCCCACGAAGGUAAAGCCGGCUGUUACUGUGUCCUCUAUCAACGGAGGUUCCUGGUCUGUGAGCCAGUAUUUUUUCUCUGUUGAAGCAAAGGAAUGUUUUCUCUAUUAUUUGUUCACCUUUCAGUGUUACUCAGUUGGCCCGGAUGUAGAUACUGGUCAAGAACUUUUAUUUUGUUUAAAUAAUUGGCCAAUAGUCUUUUGUUGAAAAUGAUUAUAUAAUCCCCUGUAUUUAAAGGUAGGCUUGUUAGCCAAGUAUAAACACAGGCGUUACGUUAUUGCAGUGUAAUGUCCUCCUCUCCUUGCCUCGCUUCCCACUGAAUAGCAAGUUUCUUGCCCGAUACACAACCCUCACACUUCAUUGUGGCGUUGUUUUCCAAUCGCUCUCUUUUCGAGCUUGACUUCAGCUUAGUCCACAGGAUUUUCUUCUUUCCAGCUAAUUUGGAAAAGGGUCUGGAUGGAUGGUCUUGAAGCACUUUUGUCAUUCACCAUUUUCACUUCUCCCAUAAUACACCUUGUUUGCCCCCCCAAAAAAAAAAAAAAAAAAAAAUUUUUACACAUUUUGCGACGGUUGUAAUAUCCAGGAAAAAUAAAAAAACAAAGGUUAUGCAAAGUUUUGGGUGACAAACAAGGUGUAUUAUGGGAGAUGUGCGAAUGGUCAGAGUUCAAAUCUAAACCCUGAAAAUAGAGGUGCGAGUAUCACACGUAACAUUCACUUGUUUGGUCCUCGCUCGGCUAUUACAUGAGUCAUUAAAUCUCUCAAAAAUUGUUCUUGAUAUCCAUUAGUAUCGUUGCUUUGACUGACUUACUUUAACUAGAAUUUUUGCUUUUUGUUUCAGAAUCUCUCAAGAAUCGUCACGUACAUCAUCGUUCCGGAUUGCCAGCAAAAUUCUGGGUUACGAUUGCGUUUUUAAUUGUUGGUUUUCAUCUGUACUUAGCCAAGCUAAUCUAUUCCGAGUGUUUUAAAGAAAAGGACAUUGUGAGAUCAAAGAUUUACAUGAGCUGACAAAAAUGAGCUUAUUUUAAAAAUAAGGAAAAUUUAAAAGUUGGGUAUAUUUGCAUAGCUGAUGCCUUUUUUUAAUUAUGACAAAAUUCUCCCUCCUGACUCCUAAAUUCAAAUAUUACCGAUUUUAUUUAACGCUGUAAAAGUUCUUUCUCUAAAAUAAUUGUUGAAUAGGUACCAGUUUUAAUAAAGAGUUAUUAAUAAAGAGUUUGGGAUUUUUCUAUCAAAGGGGAAUAUUUUUGGCUGCUUGCAAGUAAACUAUUUUGGUUGCUUUUGUUUUUGUUUCUUUGUUUCUUUGUUUGUCUUUUUUUUUAUGGUUUUUCUUCUCAUCUCACACUUCGUGCUCUAUUUUGUGUCUUGUUUUGCGACAGGUAAUCAUUCUCCACAAUCGUAACUCAUGGGACAUGUUAUUAACACAAAUGUUUGGGUUAUGCUUGGCUGGCCACCCUUGCUACAACUUUGCAUUGCACAUUUUUAAAAGGACGGAAAAUUAUACAGUUUCCUUUGUUACAGAAAUCACUAUGAAAAGUUUUGAAUACACAAAACCUGCCAUCAGGCUAUAUUUAUUAAUGUAAGACCGCAUCAAAUUUUACCUUUCCGGGAGCGCGAGAAUCUUUUUCCAGGCAAGAAGAAAAUGGGGCUUGGUCACGGGUUAUGAUAGAAGGAC